UCGGGGUUGAACCUGUGAUCUGAGUAUUUGACCUGGACCGACCCGGGAAACAUAAAAUCCGCCAAAGACAUUGGAGUCGGGUAGGGCGGUUUGGUCGGCGGGCCGGAUCCAUGCCCAACCCUAACUAUAAAUAUAGAUGAUUCAAAAAUAAAGAAGGAAGAAGCCGAUUCGGAAAAGAAAUACAAAGACGAAGAAGCUGAUUCGGAAACAAAGAAAUAUAAAGUAUUGGAAGAGGAAGAAGCCGAGAUGAAAGCCGAGAUGAGGGCGAUGAAGAAUUUGGAUUUAUCAAAUUUGCCUCCUCGAAGAAAAAUAGAGGAAGCUGAAUCACCACCUUCACAAUCACAUCCACGGCUCCACUUGAAGAUCGUGGACCCGGAAAUAAAGGAAGCCGAGUCACUGCCAUCUGAAUCUGAAUCUGAUCUACUUCCGGGGCCAUCAGAAAGCUACAAACUCUACUUUUUUUUCUGGCACGUAUUUAGUCCAGUCAGGUAUUCCUUGUAUGAGGUUGACGUACCAUUACCUUUUCCUCCUCCACCAUCAAAAGCAGUCCAAGACGAUAAAAUAAGGAAUCCAACGCCGCUUUCCCCUAUCCUUCAACUUAAAACCGGCAAAUACGCUGAUGAUAUGUGUUGUGUUCAAUUGGGCUCCAUGUUGUAUUUUUUGGGUGGUGAAAUGAAAAUCAAAAACCCAUACAUUGAUGAAGACGUAAAGAAGGAGCUCGCUGUCCGGGAUGUUUUCCCGAAAGACGUCUAUUGUUUUGAGCUGGCCAAUGACCACAACUACCGUGAACUGAAAGCCGGUACUGCGAUGAACAGUGGGAAGGCCAGCCCCCUGGCCUUUGUGGCCGAUGAGAAGAUUUACGUGAUUGGAAGCAGCCGCUGGGACUCAGAUGAAAACUUUGCUUACUUUGAGAUGUUUGAUCCUAAAGUUGAUAACUGGAUCAUCCUGCCAAAUCAGAAAGGUUCUCAUUGUAGCCUGGCAACCGCAUGAAACAGAGCGCCCAUAUUGUUUUGAUUUUAACACACAUGAAUGGGCAAACACAAGCAUCCCUGACUAUCUUGGUCAUUUCUCCGGCAACACUCAGUUUGUAGGGCAUAAGUUUUAUGGAUGUUACUACAACACGGUAGCUGCAUUAGUCCCAUUAAAAGAAGAAGAAGUGGAGGAUUUUAAUACCCCGUUCCCAAGUGACGGUUUCAUCGAAGGCUGCUACGUUCUUGGCUCGGGAUACCCAGAGUCUAGAGUAAACAGAUCAGCGUCUAAGAAGAUGUCCAAGCACGCGUUUCGAUUGCCAAGGUCACUCUCAAUCCUGUUAUAUGCUCGCCAACAGUAUGACUUGCCCAGCAUCACAUAUCCUCCUCAAUCUCAAUGGUCACAGUUUGCUCUUAUUGUUGUGUCUCAUGAUCCUUUUUUUUUUUCCUGUACGAAUAAAAUAUAUAUGUGAUUUAAGU